AUGUCUACACCCGAACUGGAACCAGGGGAGGUGUGCCCCAGGCGUUUUGGCCUGAACUAUGACCCACCGGCCAUCAUCCUCGAGUAUCUCGAGGUGAGCACUGGAAAGCUGUUCCACCGAAAGGUGGGCCUCAAGCGGCUCCGCGCCGGCACGGACCCCGCGCGCGUGGCCGAGAAGCUGCGGCAGAGCAAUCGGCCGCUGCUCACGGAGGACCGGCGGGCGGGCGGCAAGCCGCGGCUUGAGCCGAGGGCGCGAGGUUUGCAGGUCCUUGGCCUUUCGCCGCUGCCUUCUGGCCAUAAAAGCUUCACGCUUCUGCUGUAG